AAUCGCUUGAGGACAGAGUGGGAAAAGGAGCAAGCAGAGUUAGAAGCCGGACAAAAGAACUUAUAGAGCCCUUAUAUACAUAUUUUCCUAAUGUUUUAGAGCGCGUGGUGUGGUGAAAAAGUAGUACGCUGAGUGCGGAUGGACUUGUCAGUGUAGUUAUGGAGCCCCCUUUAAGCAAGAGGAACCCGGCGAUAAGAUUAGCGGAUUUGGCAGCGACUCAACCCCUUCCUCAUCAGAAUAUGACAGGCUUCCCGGGGCUAGGGGGGCAUCACCCUCUCUCCCACCAUGCCCACCUCCACCCUGGGGAGCUGGGCAACGACCCCGGAGUGGCACUCACUCCAUUUGGACCAGAGCACAUGGCACAGACAAAUGCUCUCAAACUUAGCCCAUCUCAGCACAUUCAGAGCCAUCCCGAAGCCCAGACCGCGGCAUCUUUCACUUCUGCUCAGACCACAGUUGGUUUCCCCGUGGCUCACCCCCACUCAGGCUACUCAAGCAGCAGGGACUUCAUCCUCAGGAGAGAACUCUCAGCCUCUGCUAUGCAUGCACUUGGCGACCAGCAUAGUUCCGCCUCCUCCCCUCAUCACCAUGGCAUGUUCAUCUCCCCAACAGGUGCUUAUGGGCACGCGGAAAGUGGGGCCCAUUCACUUUUCACUGGACUUCACGACCAAGCGUCCCCAGGUGCCCACCACCACCAUGCCCUCAACGGGCAGAUGCGCCUGGGUAUACCGGGGGACAUCUACGGCAGGCCGGAGCACUUCGGGCACAGGCCAGAGCACUAUGGACCCUCUUCUCUCCACAGCUAUAACUCCAUGAACCUCAAUGUGAACAUCGCUUCUGCUCCUCACGGAGCGGCGGGGGCGUUUUUGAGAUACAUGCGGCAGCCCAUAAAGCAAGAGCUAAUCUGCAAAUGGAUCGACCAGGAGCUGAAUCAGAAGAAGCCCUGCUCGAAAACUUACAGCACCAUGCACGAGCUGGUCAACCACGUCACGGUGGAGCAUGUCGGGGGACCGGAGCAGAGCGUCCACGUCUGUUAUUGGGAGGAAUGUCCGCGGGAAGGGAAGGCUUUCAAAGCGAAGUACAAACUGAUAAACCAUAUCAGAGUUCACACGGGAGAAAAGCCCUUCCCGUGUCCUUUCCCGGGCUGUGGAAAAGUGUUCGCUCGCUCGGAGAAUUUAAAGAUUCACAAGAGGACUCACACAGGGGAGAAACCUUUCAAGUGCGAGUUCGACGGCUGCGACAGAAAAUUCGCCAACAGCAGCGACCGAAAGAAGCACUCCCACGUGCACACCAGCGACAAGCCUUACUACUGCAAAGUGCGCGGCUGUGACAAGUCCUACACACACCCGAGCUCGCUGCGAAAGCACAUGAAGGUGCACUGCAAGUCCCCGCCACCCCCAUCCACCAACGUCACCUACAUCUCCUCCACGAACCCCCUCGGAGACCCCCUUUCGCCCAACUCGGAGCCGCAUAGGAACCGCUCCUCCAACCUCUCCCCCCAGGUCACCAACCUGAACGAGUGGUACGUGUGCCAGGGGAGCGGGGGCCCCAACCACCUCCACACCCCCUCCAGCGAUGUGCCAACGUCAGAGUCAGACGACGAGGACUCUUACAGGAACUCAGACCCGAGGACGAUGCUCUGAUAACCCUGUUUACAACCACGUGACUGUCAGACUUGUAGUUGACCCGGUAAAGUGUGCAGAUCCAUCCUGGCCCGAGCGCCUGGGGUAUUGAUCGGUUAUUUUCACUGUAGUAAUAAUGAACGACUGUGCUAAACGCAGAGCAUUUACUAUUGUAGUUGAUGCAAAGCAGGCCUAAUUACAGGAGGAAGAAUUUUUAAAAGGGUGACCCCUUGACCCCCUUAAACUGUGGCUGAAAACCACCAAAAUAAAACCCCUUUCUCAGAGUGUGGCUAGAAACUAUCAAUAUAAAAAUCACAUUAGAGCCAAAAUUAGAUAACUUUGUAUUUUGUGGAUGCAAUGCAGGUCUAAUUAUGAGAGACAGAAUUUUUAAGAGGUGACCCCUGACCCUCUUAAGCUUUGUCUGAAAACUGCCAAAACAAAUAUUAAACUAUGGCCAAAAACUUGCAAUGUAAAAAGUCACAAGUACGGAAGCCCUGAGCAGACAUGCAGCCAGACAUAUUACAUACUGACAAGUUUUCCCCUGAUAAAAAAGUUCAUUUCAGUUGUUUUCAAUUCAAUUUUCUUAUCUUGUGAUUUCAGAGCUAAUUUCUCCCAUUAUUACUAUUAUCAUCUCCAAGGCUCGAGAUGACCAAGCAUCAUUUCUUAUGAAAAUAGUAGUUUUCUACAGAUCUAGAAAAAAAAAAAUCUCUUCACAGUGAUGGGCCUGACUAUGAUAUACCGUGCUGCCUAUUUCUGUUUGUUUUGUGCUUUUGCAUCUCUGAGAUCACAGGCUAUGACCAUCUGAUGUCAAAGUGCAAAAACUAAUGAAAUGAACUCAUUAUCACAGGAAACAGAGUAAAUAUUAUGCAGGGAUACUUGUCCGCUUAGCUUCCGUAGAAAGGGCGAAAAUUAGAAAAUUCAGAGUUCAAGUGGGUGCAAUGCAGGCCUAAUUACAGGAUGGCAAUUUUUUUCAAGGUGACACCUGUCCUUUAACAAAAUGGUGUUAAAGUCUGCCAAAAUAAAACACCUUUCGCUAAAUGUGGCCGAGAAGUGUCAAAAUAAAAACCACAUAGAGCGAAAAUUAGAUCCAUCAGUAUUUUUACGGUGAAUGCAGGCCUAAUUUAUGGGAGGGAAAAAAAAUAUCAGAAUUGACAAAUGUUCUUUCUUAAAAUGUUUUUAAAAAACUGCCAAAACCCCACCCACUCAAGUCAAACAUUUCUGGAAACUGUCAAAAUAAAACUCACAUCUGAGGUAAAUAUAAAUAAACUUUUCUUGUAGGUGACAAGCAGGCCUGAUUUUAGGAUGAAGAAAUACAAGAGGUGAUCCAUGACCUUUUUUUUAAUAUUGGGCAAGAAAAACGCUAAACUAAAACCGCUUUCCUGAUUUUUUGCAGGAUGUUCUUUCAAAACAAAACUCAUAUUAGUAGAAAAAUAAAACAACUGUUCUUGUUGGCUCACUAUAGGCCUGAGGAGUUAUAAGAGGCGACCACACACAUCUCAUAAAGUGUGGAUGAAAAACAGUAGAAAAUAAGCUUUUUAAAUAAAUUUGGGCUUAAAUAUCAAAAUAAAAGCCCCAUCAGGGCUGUUAAUAGAUUUUUUGCUCUUUACAUGGUUGAAAUUCAGGCCUGAUUACACAAAUAGGGAUAAACAAGACGUGACCCUUGACCUUUACAAAAAUUGUGAUCUUUUUGGAAAUAUGACCACUACAAUGAAAUACUUUCUUUUAAAAUGUGGCUGAAAAAAUGUUCAAAUAAAACUCAAAUUAGAGCUUGAAAUUUAUGGCGAAAAAUCCAAAUGACCAAAAAAUGUUUAAAGUGAGACUCCUUCGAAUCAAACUCCUGAAAAUGAAAAAUGUUUUCCUACAGGAGCAAUAUGCAGGCUUUAAUUACCUGCAUGACUUAAGGCUGAAAUGACAUAUUUCAUGUGACCUCCCAUCAUCCCCUUUGCAGUUUAAUAACCUGCCUGCUAUCAAUCUCUGUCAUAUUCCAGACAUUUAAGGAAACAAAUGGUACCGCUUUAACCCCAUGAAUGGCAACAAAUGUUAGAGGACAGAAUGUGGAUUUUUUUUUUCUUAAUAAUUUUGAUGAGAAUUUUUUUUUGUUAAGUUGUGGUACAAACUUUGAUAAGGAAAACAGAAAAAAAUGAGGAGGCAAACAUUUUAGUGUCUUAAGGGUUCUCUUCAACCUUUUCAGAUUUAUACAAUACAUGUGUUGGGAUGGAAUUUUGUAAUAUUUAAGAACUAUUUAAGACUAUAUUUUAUGCAAAAUACACAAGUGUAAUGCUCGUUACAGAGUACGAGUACGUCCCCCGAGACCCUAAAUGUCUACACUGACAGGCUUUGACCCUGGACCAUUUGUAUAUAUGUAAUUGUACUGAUGCUUGUGAAUGUUGUGUAGUUUUAAUUACGAGGAAAAAAAUGUUGUUUUGUACAUUGUAAUUUAUUUGCUGGUAUCAGUGUUGUACUGGAAUUACAGGAACACCAAAGAAUAAUAAUAUCAGUUUUGGUGAUGCAUAAUACCCUGCUGAUGUUUUUUUUCUAAUUAAUGUUAAUUUUUUUCACAUUUUUUUAUUUUGUAAUCGUGGUCUGUAAAAGAAGCAAACAUUGACUUGAAUAGGCUGUGUAAUGUGAAAAGUCCUUUUCUCGCAUGCCUUUUUGUAGUGAUCUGUCUUUCUGUUUCUGAGAUGCAUGGUGCCGUUACAUGAUGGAUAAAAAAAGGAGACUCAGUUAUGAUUGUGCAGACCCUUGAUGUUCAAAAUUAAAUUUGCAAUAUAAAUUUCAUGCUAAAAUUAAUAAAAAAAAAACAGGACUUAUAUGGUUAAUAAUUC